CAUCAAUAGGCGGCACUUAUCUCUACAAGAAGAAUGGUAGCAUGUCAAGAGCCACCAACUCCCUGAGGUGAACCCAACACAACACCACAGAUACUACAGAAUAAAUGCAUAAACUUCGGAGCCUCUCUGUAGCCAAACUGGCUGACGUUUUCAGCAGAUUGUCAAUAAAACUAAAGAGCACUGGAGGAAGACCUGCAGCUCCGCUGGGUUCAAGGAUUCUGACCAAUCAUGACGACAUCUUUAAGCACAACAUGUGGGAUCAUGUCCAGUGGACAGAGGAGGACAAGGAAAAUGCAUGGCAGAAAGCACAAGAAAAUUCCAGUGUACACAUUCCUUUAAAGGAACAAGGUAAAUUUGACACAGAAGCUUGCCAAUAUUGGAACACGUUUUAUGAGACGCACCAGGAUAAAUUCUUCAAAGAUCGCAAGUGGCUGUUUUUAGAGUUCCCAGAACUGCUUCCUUCAGAUGCAAAAAGACAAGCCACAAACAGGUGUCAGGAUGAUGAGCGGGCAGAAUAUCCACUGAGUGGGUCUGACAGGGAGGCCAGACACCAGCAACACAGCUGCCACACACACCAUAACAGGAAAACAGAUACCACCGAUUGUCAAGAGUCCUGUCAGAUGUCUUUCCCAGGACAGCAUGCAUCUUUCAGGAUAUUGGAGGUUGGAUGUGGGGUUGGUAACAGUGUAUUUCCCAUUGUUGACUCCAUCAAAGAAACCAGUGCAUUUUUAUACUGUUGUGACUUCUCCCCUCGUGCUAUUCAGCUGGUAAAGGAUCAUCCAGACUACGAUGGCUCUGUAUGCCAUGCCUUUGUCCAUGACAUUUGCAAAGAGAUGGCCUCCUUUCCCUUUCCUCCUCAGAGCCUGGAUGUUAUUAUGGCAGUCUUUGUACUGUCCUCCAUUCAUCCGGAGCGAAUGCAAGGAGUCGUAAACCAGCUAUCUACAUACCUGAAACAUGGAGGGAUAUUCCUUUUCCGUGAUUAUGGGAGAUAUGACUUCUCACAACUCCGGUUUAAAAAGGGUCGAUGUUUAUCAGAGAAUUUCUACACACGUGGAGAUGGAACCUGUGUUUAUUUUUUCACAAAAGAAGAGGUUCAUGAUUUAUUUUCCAACGCUGGACUUGAAGAAAUUCAAAAUCUGGAGGACAGACGACUACAAGUUAACAGAGGAAAGAGAGUUACAAUGCACCGGGUAUGGAUGCAGAGCAAGUACAGGAAACCUUAACACACCACCACAGGAUCAUUUGGUUAGCUAUGUAUUUUUAUAAAAAAUCAUAUUAUGCUUUUCUUUUUUUUUUUUAAGUUAUUUUAUUUUCUGCUUCUAUCAAUUCAUUCAAUCCUUAUAACAGUUUUGUCUGUGUAUCUGUACACCAACGAUACCACAUGCAAUAAACUUUUUGUAUAAAACAUGUUUUCAAACAGAACUCCAUUGUCAUGCUUUUCUUUUGAUAUUUCACUGACUUAGA